GUACUGUCACCACCUGAAAUCUGCCAGCUUUUCAGCGCAAAGUAUCGCAGAGACAGUGUAGACCUUGGGUGCAUUGGAUAGCUUCUCUGGCAUCAGCGAUGCCGCCGCCUCAGAUCACCGUCCUGUACUUUGCGGCGGCUUCGACAGCGACGGGUCUAACGUCGGAGACGAUUGUGCUGCCCUCCCCAUCUCCCUCUGCAGAACUUGCUUCAGGUGCCCCUUCGAAGGAGCAGUUAUCUGACAUAGCCCCAACCACUCCGAGUACCUCUGCUACGCACAAGACGCAACCCCAUCCAGCGGCGGAAGCGUCUCAUGUACCUCUCGCCUCACCAUGUACUCCUCAUGCAUUCCCCCUCACUUCCCUCCCAUCUCUUUUGGCUUCCAGACACCCUGGUACGAACCUUGCCGGGAUUUUGCGCGAUAGCCAAUGGAGCGUGGACGCGGAGAUGGUCGAUGAUCCGGAGAGAGUGGUGCUGACGGGAGGGGAGGAGGUGGCGGUCAUCUGCCCCGUCUCAGGAGGGUGACUGGACUGGCCAGGCGGCGGUAAGAAAGCUCUCACCACGACGCAAAGACCGGUGCUAGUUGCUCAUCACAUAUCCAGAGUGUAUUAUACGAGAGCAUUUUUUCAUGGAGUUACCUCCCUGCGGGUGUUGUGGCAGUACGGGAUCGCUCUGUUGGUAUCGAAGUCAAUUCUGAGGGAGGGCGAACGCGGGAUGACCUUCUCGGUGCCUUCUAGCACCUCGACAACGCACGCGAGAAUUGUGCUUAAACGAGUACGCUGAUUAUCCCCACUUCCCUG